AUGCCUUCACCCGAGAAGAGGUCGUCGUCGGCGCCGCCGGACAACCGGCAAAAUCCCCGCUUAGAGAACACGACAGCCGCUCACAGGAGCUCUUCAGUGGACCGCAAGUCCAACAAAUACUUGACAAUUGAAGUGAUCUUUUUGGACGAAUCAACAAAUGUCUAUAAAAUUACGUACAAAUCUGUGGCCAAAUCGCUGUUCAAUCAGGUCUGCGAAACACUGAAUCUCAUAGAAAUGGAUUAUUUCGGCAUUGAAUACAUGGACUCAAACGGAACUCGGUAUUGGCUCGAUCUGGAGAAACCCAUGUGUCGUCAGCUAUCGAUGUCCACCUCUAAUGUUGUGAUGUAUUUUGCGGUCAAGUUCUACGCCCCCGACCCCUCCCGACUGGAGGACGAGCUGACGCGAUAUCUUUUCAGUUUACAAAUCAAAAAGGAUUUAUCAGAAGGACUGCUGGUCUGCAAUGAAAAUACGGCCGCACUUAUGGCUUCAUAUAUAAUACAAGCCGAAAUCGGGGAUUUCAAUGCCGAAGAAUAUAUGGAUCACUUGUAUGUCUCGCGAUUUAAAUUAAUUCCACUUCAAGACGAAGAAUUUGAGUGGAGAGUUAUGGAGAACCAUAAGAAGCACUUGGGUCAGUCACCAGCAGAGGCUGACUUUAAUUUACUAGAAACUGGUCGUCGCUGUGAAAUGUAUGGCAUUAAGUUAACGCCAGUCAAGGAUCACGAAGGCGUUCCUCUUAACCUAUCGGUCGCCCAUUUGGGAGUAAUUGUAUUCCAGAAUCAGACAAAAGUGAAUACGUUUUCUUGGGCUAAGAUUAGAAAACUAAGCUUUAAAAGGAAGCGGUUUCUCAUUAAACUACAUCAGGAGGUAAACCACGUCUUCUGCCGUACAAAUGAUUUAUAUUUUUAA